CCCGCCUAUUCUCUGCUCCCUUGGACGUUUAGUCUUGUCUUGGCCGGUUUGAAGACCAGGAAGUUGGUAAAUCGCGAGGUCGGCUGCCGAGAGACGGUGGCUCGAGUGGGACAGUCGCCAGGGAUGGCGGAGCGUGAGGAUGGAACAGGUGUCCGGGGUGCUCUCCUGGACGUUGAGCAGAGUCCUGUGGCUCUCGGGCCUCUUUGAGCGGGGAGCUGCCCGGCAGCCCCGGAUCAUGGAAGAGAAAGCGCUAGAGGUUUAUGACUUGAUUCGAACUAUCCGGGACCCAGAGAAGCCCAAUACUUUAGAGGAACUGGAAGUGGUAACAGAAAGUUGUGUGGAGGUUCAGGAGAUAAAUGAAGAAGACUAUUUGGUUAUUAUCAGGUUCACGCCAACAGUACCUCAUUGCUCUUUGGCGACUCUUAUUGGGCUGUGCUUAAGAGUAAAACUUCAACGGUGUUUACCAUUUAAACAUAAGUUGGAGAUCUACAUUUCUGAAGGAACCCACUCAACAGAGGAAGACAUCAACAAGCAAAUAAAUGACAAAGAGCGAGUGGCAGCUGCAAUGGAGAACCCUAACUUGCGGGAAAUUGUGGAACAGUGUGUCCUUGAACCUGACUAAUAGCUAUUUUAAGAGCCACUGAACUGUAAUUGUUUGAUAUAUUUGUUUAAACUCUUUGUAAAAUGUAAAAGACUCAUGUUUAAUACAUAGGUGAUUUGUACCUCAAAGCAUUUUUUUAAAUUUCCAAGAAAUAGCUAUAAAGUAGUACCUAAUUUUUUCAGUAUAUAACAUCCUCAGGAUUUAUAACACUUAAAUGAUCAGACAGAAAAAUAUUUUCUAGUUAUUAUGUGUAAGAUGAGUUGCUAUUUUUCUGAUGCCCAUUCUGAUACAACUACUUUUCAUGUCAAAUAUUUACUGUGUCCAAAUGUAUUCAAUUUAAAUCAUUGUUAUAUAAAAUAAAACAGAGAUGGUUCUUGUAAUGAGGCACCUUAGAAUAUUUUUAUUGAAUUGUAAAUUUCAGUGUAAAUGUCGACUCUAAAAGAUAUUUCCAAAGCUUUGUUUUCUGGUUAUUAUGUGGAAUCAGAGAUCUGAGAACCAAAAAGAACACUUAAGAUUAGGCCUAGGCCCUGCCUUCCUUCAGGAGAGUGCUGGACCCAUUUAUAGAUGAGGAACAAAUGUGGAGAGGGCCAGAUGACAUAUGUAAUUUUGAAGAUCAAGACCUCAAAGAAGUUUUGAUUAAACCAAUCUAAAUUUA